AUGGACAUUUUUGUGAUUCUCUCAAAAUUUGCCAAAAUCGUGACAUUCACGGAUUCGCCCGGAAAAAUCGCAAAAACGUUGAAUCAUCAUGCUUUCCCACAGUCAAGUUAUUGUAAUGCUUUCAAAGAACCGAUUGAAAUCAUCCAUUUCACUCAUAAUAAGCGAAAAAUGAGACGAGAAAUGAUGAGAGUGUUCAAGAAGGCAAAAAUACCGACAAAUGUUGCGAACAAGGCCCUUCAUCACGUUCUUAAAUCCACCACUGUCAACUCGAAAAACAACUCAUCACGAAGUCGAAA